AUGAACACCGAAGAACUAAUAACUAGUAUUUUUAUGAAAAAAGCUCUCUGGGAUCAAAAGGACCCUCAACACCAUAAUCGAUUUAUAUUAGAUAAGUUGUGGGAUGCGGUGGCCAAAGAAAUGAACUCUACAAUACAUACUUCCCUAGUGAUGAGGACAUUUUAUUCGAAUGUGCUUCCCGUCGAUAGCUCCUAG